AUGGGUGAAGAGGCUGCAGCUCACCGGCAGUUGAAGGCCUGGAGUAAAGGGACCAUGAAGACAGGGGAGGCUGCCAGUGAGAGCACAGCCCAGUGCGGCAGAGGACCCCAGCAUUUUGGAGGAAACCUCAUUAAAUUCCGAGCCAAAAGUGAAGUUGGUGAAAUUUUGCCACAGGCCUGCAGCAUUAACUCCUGCCUGAGUUUCCAGCCUUCUUGCCCAACUUCAGACUUGCCAGCCCCCACACUGUGUGAUGUUGAGAAAGGCAAGAAGGUUUUUGUUCAGAAAUGUGCCCAGUGCCACACUGUGGAACAGGAAGGCAAGCAUAAGACUGGACCAAAUCUCCAUGGUCUGUUUGGGAGGAAGACAGGUCAGGCCACUAGAUUCUCUUACCCAGACACCAACAAGAGCAAAGGCAUCGUCUGGGGAGAGGGGAGAGGAUGCCUGCUAUGCCUGGUGGCAUAUUCAGAGAGUCCUAGGAAAUACAUCCCUGGAACAAAAACAAUCUUCACUGGAAUUCAGAAGAGGGGAGAAAGGACAGACCUAAUAGCUGAUCUUAAAAAGACUACUAAUGAGUGUUGGACCCCAAAGUUUAGGGUCUCAAGUGGGAGCCCCUAG